AUGGCGGAUGAACUAGUCGCAAAAAUCUCCCGACGAUCAACAAGAGUUUUCGCUACAGAACAAGAAAUUAUGCAGCCAGGAAACGCAGGUGUCGCAGGUGUCGCAAUGGCCCCUCAUGAUGCCAGAUACAGCAGCAGUCAAGACGAGAAAGACAAGGAAAAGGACAAGAAGCACAGAGAGGCUAGAAGCUCAUCCCACCAAAGUCCUCUCCAAAGUGCCGAUGUUGGAAAGGAUCUUGGUAUAUUGUACCCUGCCAAAACCGAAACGAUUGCAACACAAGUAACCAAGUCAGUUGACACUACCAAAGCUUCAGCCAAGGAGAAGCAAAAGGAUAAAGAGAAGGAGAAGGAGAAACAUGAUCUUAACUUUGGUGUCAUUGCUCCAAAUGCAAUUUAUCGUAGCAGCUUCCCCCAACAAGAGGACUUUGAGUAUCUAGGAACUCUCGGUUUAAAAUCUAUCGUCACGCUCGUGAAGAAAGACUUCCCUCCCGAAUUUCUCGCAUUCAUGGAGGCUCAUGGCAUACGUCAUUAUGUCAUCGAAAUGCAAGGAACCAAAAAGGUCGACAUUCCCGAGCAUAUUAUGAACCAAAUCAUGAGAAUCUCUCUUGACAAGGAAAAUCAUCCAUUGUUAAUCCAUUGCAAUCAUGGCAAGCACCGCACUGGUUGUGCUGCUGCGAUUAUUCGUCACGUCUCUGGCUGGAGUGUUCAGUCGAUCGUUGAAGAAUACAAGACUUUCGCCUCAUCCAAGGCUCGUGAUGUUGAUAUCAAAUACAUCACUGAGUAUCAAGUCUCAAGUCUCAGUGGGCUCGAUCGUAAUCAGUCACUUCAACCAACUGGUCCCUGGUCCUUCAAGAAAGCUCGUCCUUUCGCUCUUGCGUUCUUGCUCAUCUGGAUCUACGUGAACUUGAUGAGAUUUUGGGAUCAUUAG